AUGAAGCUGAUUGCAUUCCUUCUCGCUGUAGAAUUUGUAUUUUCUUCCUACGCCCAGGACGAAUUAGCAGAAGAACGCAAACUAAUCACAUACGAGACGAAAGUCUUUCACAAAAUCCCGGAGCAUACAAUAAUCGAGGAGAAAAUCGAAACAUUCAAGAAGAUCCCUAUUGCUGAGAAGAAAGACAUCAUCGUUGAGGAAAAGGAAAAAUCAUCCAUCCCCAGUUACGAGUUUGGGUACGGAGUAAAGGACCCAAUCAGUGGCGACCACAAGGAUCAAUGGGAAAAGCGUCACGGUGAUCAUGUGAAGGGUGCCUAUCGAUUUGACGAAUCGGAUGGUACGCAACGUGUGGUAGAAUAUGAGGCAGACAGCAAGAAGGGCUUUGAAGCGACGGUGAAGAACAUCGAACGUAAGGACGCUAUUGUCGAGGGUGAGGUAGAAAAAAAGGAAGGUAAAGUGGGGCAUAGCUACAGCUAUCUUAAGAGAUCGGAUAACUAA